AUGGAACUAUUGAGUGAACCAUUGAGUAACAACGUCACAGAACUAUUAAGUGAAUCGUCGAUUAACAACGACACGGAAUUAUUCAGUGAAUCAUUGAGUAACAAUGUCACGGAAUUAUUCAGUGAAUCAUUGAGUAACAAUGUCCCGGAAUUAUUCAGUGAAUCAUUGAGUAACAAAGUCACGAAAUUAUUCAGUGAAUCACUGAGUAACAAUGCCAAAGAACUAUUCACUGAAUCGUCGAUUAACAACGUCACGGAAUUAUUCAGUGAAUCAUUGAUUAACAACGUCUCGGAAUUAUUCAGUGAAUCACUGAGUAACAAUGUCAUGGAAUUAUUCAGUGAAUCACUGAGUAACAAUGCCAAAGAACUAUUCACUGAAUCGUCGAUUAACAACGUCACGGAAUUAUUCAGUGAAUCAUCGAUUAACAACGUCACGGAAUUAUUCAGUGAAUCAUUGAGUAACAAUGUCAUGGAAUUAUUCAGUGAAUCAUCGAGUAACACUGUCACGGAAUUAUUCAGUGAAUCAUCGAUUAACAAUGUCACAGACAACUAUUUAGUGAAUCAUUGA